AUGUGAGUGAGUGAGAUAGUGAGUUUGUUUAUAGGCUUAGUUUAAGGUUGUUAGAGAUAGUCAGUUUUUACUCUGGUGUUUUCUUUUUUGCAUAUUUUUUGAGGAAUUCUUGUGGAGUGGUUAUCUUAUACAUAUCUUUGAGGUAUCUGAUGCAUAAGUUUGUAAUUGUUAUUAUUUUUUAAGUUGUUAUCAUUGUUUUGGUAAUAUGAACAUUAUCAGUGUUGUUAUUAAAACUAGAGAAAUAUUUCAGAACUGACUUUGCUUUGGUUAAAACUACAGUGGUAGCCUGAAGUCUUGUAUAAUGUUCUUUUAACAUCAUGGGGAAAGAAAAUAACUACACACAUGUAUAGACACAUGUGUCAGUAAAAAUAUUUAUAGGUAUAUAUUGGAUAGUUAUUGAAUUUGUUAUAUCUUUUUCAGCAAUAGUAAAAGUAAAAUAUGCAACUAGGAAUUUUAUUUUAUUAAUUUCAUUUUUAAUCUGAGUAUAAAUGCCAGACUUUAAGUGUAUUUAUAUAUGCAUCUAGCACAAAAAGGAAGCAUAGGGGAGUGAACACAAGAGAAAACAUGAAGGUGUGUGUGUGCAGGUGUCUCCUUCUCGCCACACUCCCACUCCCAUCCGCACACCUGUGGCAUUGGGGGAGCACAGGUGUUCGGCCACAGAGCGGUUCUUGCAGUGACUCAGUUUUGAGGAUUUGAGUUCUAUAUUUAUUAUUGGGAUUUUUGUUUCAUUAUCGUAUGGUUUACUGGUCUUGUUGUGGCUAUUCUUGGUUUGUGUUUCUCCUGGAACUUUUUUGAAGAUCAAGGAGGAAAUUGGAAUUUGUUUUAUAUAUAUGUGAGGUUUUAUUCUAUUCUUUUUUAUUUAUUUAUUUAUUUUUUUUUUCUUUGUUUCCACCUUUCCUCAUCUGUUGUGAAUAUAACUAUAUUUCCACAACUAGCAUGAUUUUCAGAAACCGUUAUACUCAUUAUUUUCACUUUAAUCAUGCAAGGCCUGGAGUGAGUGAAAGAAGGGGGGGGGAACUUACAAUAAUAGAAGGAGAAAUGAGACAUUGAUGGCUCUUGGCAUCUGAAAGGGUGUUGUUGCCAGCUGCACACCUUGGAAUAUGUGCAGGUAUUACAGCAGUAGUCAAAGCUCCCUUCUUUUCUAGUGACAAGCGGAUAUUGUGCCUCCCUUUUCUGCAUCGGUUGCAAUAAGCCUCGGACGAAGGUUCACGUGGGAGUAUUUAAAGCCAAUGUAGCUCAAGAGACGUAACUUUUGACCCUUUUUUGUAGUUUAGUCGUACCUGUUACCCCCUUGCCCGCACAAUGUCUCGUAACGACAAAUCCAAAACCGGGAGCUUCGUAAGUAAGCUGGACAAGGUGCUCCUGGGAAGUUCAAAGAAAAAAACCAUUGGGAAGGAGAGAGGCACUCACAUCCCAAGACCCAACUCUGAUCUCGAUCUCAAUGAAAUAGAGGAAGAUCAGUACAACCUCGACAACCUCAGCGAUGAACAGGUUAAAGCCAAAUUCCAGCAGAUGAUGACUGACAUGAACAUCCCAGAUGAGAGCAUGAUGCUAACCAACACAUCUGUUGAUAAAAUGAGGCUCAUGUUGGCCAGUAACCACAAGGUGAUGGCUCAGACACAGCGCAGACUGGAAGCUCCGCAGGACUACAUCGAUCACCUGAAGCGUGACGACCUGAGCGUCAAGUCCAUCUUCAAGAACCUGGAGAGUCUGCAGGUGGCACUGCGGAGCAACAAGAUCCAGUGGGUGCAAGAGUUUGCACAAAAGGGCCUCAAGUGCCUAUUGUCUAUCCUGAACGAGUGCUACAGGAGUGGCAAUAAUAACCGUCAGUGGGACAAUGUGCAGUAUGAAGCCAUCAAGUGCCUCAAGGUUAUCUGCAACAACAUUGUGGGCAUCAAAGAGUUCUUCAAACAAGCAGAAGGCUUCACCCUCCUGGCACAAUCCCUCAACCCCUCUAAACCCAACAUCAUGCUUGAGGUCUUGCGACUCCUCUGCAGUUUCUGCCUCCCCAUCUGGCAGCAAGACGGGCUAGAUGGGCACAGAGAGGUCUUGGAUGCCAUCACUAUUGUGGGGGAGCUCAAGAAGCAGGAGAGGUUUACGCCCAUCAUCAUGGGGCUGGGCAUGCAAGGCAACGACCCCUUACGGCUCAGCUGCCUCUCGCUCAUCAACGCCAUCAUCAACUUUGUGCCCGAUGACAAUCUUGACUUCCGGAUGCACUUGCGAAAUGAGUUCAUGAGGAUGGGCCUGCAGGACCUCUUGGAGAUUCUAAUGAGCAGCGAGCACAGUGACAUGAAGACGCAGCUGGAGGUGUUCAACAACUCGAGGAAGGAGGACUUUGAGGACUGGCAAGACCGCUUCUUCACACAUGUGGAUGAGAUGGAGGAUUUAGGGCGCUGCUUUGAGAUUGUCAGGCAGCAAGUACAAGACUCCAACUGCGAGAUGCCUCUCCUGUCCAUCUUGCAGCACCUUGCCUUUAUCAGGGAUGACGAGAAUGUCAGAUCAGCCUACUUUAAGUUAAUAGAGGAGUGCAUUUCCCAGAUCGUCCUACACCGAAAUGGGUGUGACCCCGAUUUCCGAGCCACAAAGAGGUUUGAGAUAAAACUAGAUACCCUUCUUGACCAGUUCAAAGAAGAGACACGUAACAAAAAUGAAAAGCUAGCAUCAGAGUACCAGAUACAGUUAGAAGAAGCUCUUACCAAAAAUCAGAAGCUAGAGGCUGAGCUGUCACUGGUCAAGAGUCGCUAUGAAGAGGCCCUGAAACAUGGUGGAGAUCCAGGUAAAAAGGGUGGAUUACCAACUGUACCUGGUUUAGAGCAGAUGGUAGGUGGUGGACCACCUCCACCUCCCAUGCCUGGAGGUGGUCCUCCACCACCUCCACCUCCACCUGGGUCAGGAGGACCACCUCCUCCACCACCACCUCCAGGUAUGGGUGGUCCUCCACCACCUCCACCUCUACCUGGAAUGGGAGGACCACCUCCUCCGCCACCUCUUCCAGGUAUGGGUGGUCCUCCCCCUCCUCCUCCACCACCAGGUGGCCCCCCAGGUCCCCCUCCUCCUCCUGGAAUGGGUCCACCUCCACCUCCAGGCAUGCCUGCAAUGAGACCACCAGUGGAGACCCUACCAUAUGGCAUGACACUGAGGAAGACAAUAAAGCCUCCUGCUCAAACAAAACGGCUUCAGUGGAACAAAGUGACACCAAACAAGAUGAGCGAGAACAGUUUAUGGGUUCGUCUGAACAAGAAGGACAUCAAGGUCAAGCAGGACGUGUUGAAGGACCUCGGCGAAAGGUUUGCAGUGAAGCAGGUGAAAAAGAAGAAUGUGGAGCAGGUGGAGAAAGCCACAAAGAAGGACAAGGAGCUGCGCGUGCUGGACCAGAAGACCAACCAGAACCUGUCCAUUGCCCUCCGAGGUCAGUUCAAGCACAUGAGUCUGGACGACAUUCGGCUGGCCAUCCUCCAAUGCGACGAGUCCAUCCUCUGUGUGGACUCCACUGGUGUGCCAGACUCAUCUACACUGCAGACGCUGAUCAUGGCCAUGCCAGAUCACGAGAUCAUCAAGAAGCUCACGUCACUGGAGGACCCAGAAGAAGACCUUGCCGAGGGUGAGCGCUUCAUUCACAGAAUAGGCAAAAUCAAGAAGCUAAUUCCACUCCUCAAGAACAUGGCCUUCAAGACAGAUUAUCCAUCAUUAGUCAAAGAAACCCGGCUGGAUAUUGUGAACACCAAAGCUGCCUUGGAUGAGCUCAUUAACUCCAAGAAGUUUGAGAAGGUGUUGUCAUACAUCCUGGAGUUUGGUAAUUGUCUGAAUGCGGGCUCCAGGAAUGCUGACACCCUAGGGUUCGACAUCAGUUUCUUGCCCAAGUUGUCAAACACAAAGAAUGCAGAUGGCCACACUUUACUGCAUUACCUGGCAGAGACAUUGAUGAAGGAGGAACCUGACAGUGCAGACUUUGAAGAUGGCCUCUUGCAUUUCUCUGAUGCAGAAAGAGUCAACGUGGAGGCAGUGAAGGCCAACAUCGCAAAGAUGAAGAAGGAGAUUAAGAACAUUGGCAAUGAUCUGCAGAGGCACACCAAACAAGAUCCAGAAGACAAGUUUAAAGAGAAGUUUGAGGAGUUCCACCAGACAGCGGAAGAGGACGUGUCUCUUUUGGAGACGGAAUUCGACAUGAUGCAGAAGAGGUUCGUGCAGGUGUCUGACCUCUUCACCUUUGAGGUCAACAAGUACUCGCAAGAGGACUUCUUCAGGGACAUCAACGAGUUUAUUGCUUUAUAUAAACAAGCCAAAGAACAAAUUGUCAAAGAGGAGGAGAAGCGACAGAGGGACCGCGAAGCCAAGGAACGAGCAGAACGGGAGAAGGUGGAGCGCGCAGAGAGAGACAACCGGCAACGGGCCCUACAUGACGUCACGAACGACCAGAGUAACACGGAGGUCGUGGAUCAGCUGAUGCAGCUCAUCAACACGGGCCAGGCCUUUGACGUCAUGGGAGCAGGACGGAGGAGGCGGCCAGGCAAAACAACAGCCGAGAGAAGGGCCCAGCUGAAUCGGAGCCGGUCGCGUUCCGGUUUGGCCGCACAGUCGCCAACUAGCAACAGAGAGAUUAAACUGACGGACACCAUCGAUGUGGACGUGGAAAACCAGCCAGCUCGGUCUUCUCGGCCUCGCACGCGGCGGCCGGGACUCCCGACGGGCCUAGAGUCGCGUGACAGGAGCUUCAACCAACAGCAGAAUGCCGUGAAUGGGGAUUCCUCUGAUGCAUUGCUGCAGAGACUCCGUGAAUUGUAAAAAAAAAAAAAGAAGAGAAAGAGGAAGAAGAGGAGUCCUGCAAGAGACAAUGAGUGCGAUGUGUGUCUCCGCAUUUAUAUCUGUUGAUAUUAUCCCAAUAAUCAUAAUUUCUUUAUUUUUAUUAUUAUUAUUAUUAUUAUUAUUAUUAUUAUUAUUAUUGUUACUGCUGAUAUUUAUUGUAGUUAUCAGCAUCAUCUUUUUUUUUUUUUCAUAAGAUUAUUACCAUGAUAUUAUUCUUUCUUUCCCAUAUGUAUAGAUUAGAGAAAAUUAUAUAUUUUAAAGAUAUUAAUAUUUGUAUAGUUAGUUCAGUGGGAAGUACUGCCAGUAAAAAGUUUAUAGAUCUAUUUAAUAGAGAAGAUUACUGGACUUUCAGUGAAUGCAUUAAAGUAGAUAGAUGGUUUUAUUGAUAGUUUAGGGCUUACUUGGUUAAGUUCAGGAAUUCCUAUAUAGAUCAGUGGCAUAUUUGAUUGUUUUAUUAUUUAUGUUUUUAUUACUGUCAUGAUUACUGUUAAUAUUAUUAUUGAUAUGAUUUUUUUAGUAUUGUUAAUGUUUUUAUUAUUUUUUUUUUUUUUAUUGAUUUAUUUUUUAUUAUUAUAAUGUAUACUUAUACAUAUACACAUGCAUAUAUAUAUAAAAAAAAUGUCAUCUUCCAUUCAUAUCACAACUUUUAAAUAGAAUGCCAAAAUCAUCAACAGAUAACAAGGAAAAGAAAUGGAGCAAAAAAAAAUGAAGGGUUGUUAUUCUUAUGUAUAACCAACAAGGGGAUCCAAUUUUAUGGAAUAACCCCAUUCUGUCCCAGGUGAACUUGGUGCCCAUUGAUUUAUUAAUGUUAUUUGCUGUAUUUCUCUCUAACUUUCUUUUUUUCUCUUUUUUUUUUUUUGUUCUUACUGCGUCUUUCUUUACCGUAGAUAUGACAGGCUCUUUCUGUGCAAACAUGUAAAGAGUGAUUCUUUUUAAUACACCCUGUGGGCGUACACUAUAAUUCUUGAUUUCUGAAGUAGUGUUAUAACAUGAUAAUUUUAUGUUGGUAUCCUCUCGUUGCAAAUACCCAUGUGCGUAAUCUGUGCAUGUGCUUGUGUAUAUAUAUGUGUUUGUGUCUGAAUAUACACACAUGCACACAUCCUUGUACAUGGUGAUGCAACGUUUCUUGUGAUACUACCAUGCUUUGACCUUUUCCUUUCUUCCUUCUCUUUCUUUCUCGUUCUUCUCUUUUCUUUGUGUGAAUAAGAGAAGGGUCCUUUACUGUUCCAUGCUUUCUGUUUGUGUAGAGGAACCUCAAGAGCUUUUUCUUGACUAUCUUUUAUUUUGUAACUUUUUUCCCCCCACUUCUCUUUCUCUCUCAACUAACGUAUGUUGUAAGAGUUUGUCGUGAUGUUGCACUACGGAAUGAAAUAAUGAAAACAAUUUGUGAUACCGUUGAAGCUGCAAUAUUCAGGCCUUUGUACUGAUGCAUUAAGCUUGUGCCUUGAUUUGUUUCUGUGUCUGUCUUGCGUCCGAAGAUUUUUUACAUCUUAUUUUUAUUUUUUAUUCGAUAACGGUGUGAAUUGUACAUAAAUCAUUGCAUUCCUCUUGUACCUGUGAGAUGUCAAAAAAGAAAGGAAAAUAAUGCAUUACAUCUUAUGAUUAAAAGUUUGAUGGAUUUGUCAGUGAGACUGACUUUUUUUUUAUCAAGAGGCAAUCACUUUGAAAAUUUUCUCAUCCCUUUAAAGAAAUUUUAAGAUUGUAGAUUACUUUUGGUAUUGAUUUGGCUUUGUAUUUAUAUUGUCUUCCUUCGUGAUUUCUUUUUUUUAUUAUUAUCAUUACCUCUGCCUCUCUUUCUCGUCUAUAUAUGUACAUAUAUAUGUAUCUGGAGUUAAAAAGUCCAGCAAAAUUUCUUCUUCCCAGGCCUUUGUAUAACAAGCUGAUUCCAUUCUACAACACUUGACCCUAAUUACCUCCCCGCCCUCCACUCUUACGUGAUUUAUUAGAAUAUACCGGCCACAUGUGUUCAAAAUAACAUUGCAGACUUAUACUUCAAAACUCUGUAACACAUAAUAUAUGUAUGCGUUUGUUCAGAGGAUAUCCAUGGUGUUGGAUAUGGUUCAAAUUUCAUUGUUAGAAAAGGAAUAAGAAGAGGAAGCAAAGGUAUAAUCUCCAGUACAGAGAUGUAAAUAACAUUGUCUCCGUGAAUUUACAAAGUGAUGUUGUGCUUAUUUGUAAGCACAUUUCAUGUAAAUGGUCUUCCAUUAUAUAUUUAUCCAAAUGGGAUUUCUGAGUUUUAUCUUUAGAGAGAAAGAAAAAAAAAAUGUCAUUUAACUUCCUUGCUUUUAACAAGGACUCUUUCAUAGAGACUUUCACUUGGUUGAUGCAUUUGCAGUUUUCAGCACCUGCAUUUGGAUUACUGUCUGUGUUAUUAAUUUCCACCACUUACCUUUGUUUUUUGUUGUUGGGGAAAAUUCUUCAUUCCAGAUGUUUUCAUGAAUUAGUGAUAUUAUUUGUGUACACAGUUUUGGGGGAGGUCAAAAUGUAACCAGGUAUGAGAUUAUUAUUAUUUUUAGUUCCUCUUCGCCCUAUGUGUAAUUAAUUGUGUUUUUGUUUUUUGUUUUUUGUUUUUUUGCUAUACAUGUCAUCUGCAUAUAAGUUUUGAUCAUUUGUAGUCAUCACGUGGAGCAGAAGUAGAGUUGCUCAUACUUCUUUUCAGAAAGAGAGAAAUAGCAUUGUUUUUUUGAUGUGGUGCACAGACUUAAUAUUUUUUUUUAGAAACGUGCCUCUUUUUUUUUUCCAAAUACACCUGUUCAUGAGUAAGAAUAGUAAACUUUUUUUUUUUUUUUCUUAAUAAUAUCAUGAACUUUACAACACAGGGAUUGUUUUCUUGUUUUAUCUUUUACUUUAAUAAAAAGAGGCUUUGAAAUAAGCAUGAAAUUAAAACAACGAAUCUUGAACAACUGCAGCUAGUCUGUUAUUUGCAGUUAUGCCAAUAUGAUUGUGAUUGAAAGGUCCAAAACAACAUCUGGAUUCUUUAAAGUAAUAGAAGAUGUGCCAUCAAGUGUUCAGCAGUUUUAACAAAGCAUUUAAUAAUAACAAGAUAUAAGUUCUUUUGUAUCUUUCAUUUCCAUGGAUUAUUUAUAUGUAAAUAACACGUCAGAAUAUUAAGCCAAGGUCUUCGUUGAAGUACAUUGAAAAAUCUCCAUGGAGAGGUUAAAAGGAGCCUCGUAUCGUAAUGAAAACUUGCAUAGUGCCUAAGUUUUGUCUUGUGUAGAUCUGUAUCAUCUUUCCCUGUGUUAACCAUUGCUGUGGUACCAUGGUGAUUUAUUUUUGACUUGCUGCAUUAUUCUUUUAAUUCCCUUCCUUUCUUCUGUUUAAAGUGCCAUUAAACAGCUCUCUGUAUAUAAGUUUUGGUAUGUAUUUAUAUUUAUAUAUGUAAAGAGAGUUCUUUUGGAAUGCCCUGUAUUGUUUGAUAACACAUUUUUUUAAUAUAUUUUUUCCCCCCCCAUUCAAAUCACACGUAGGUGCCAGUUUAUCAAAGAUAUUUCCUCUUGAUACAUGCGUAAAUCAUGGUGGAAGCAACCACAGCUUGGCAAUCAUAGUAAUAUAUACUACUUUGCUCAUCCAUAGUGUAUAGCCUUCAUGGAAGUAAGAGUUGCUGUAGUAGUAAUAUUCUUUUCUCAUUUUUGUAGCUGCCAGUAUGCACCUUCCUUAUGAGGGAUUAUGUCGAUAGAUCAGCAUGACGGAGAAAUGUAGAAUUCUUUUCAUUUAACCCGAGAUUCUGAUAAAAAAGAAAAAAAACAUUACGACUUGUUUUGUUUUUCUCUCAGCCUGUUUUCAGUGUGUAUUUAAAGAUGAAAGCAAGCACCCAAAGCAGUCUUUUGUUUUUAUAUUGUAUUUUUAUUAAUUUUUACUCCAAACGUUAAUUUGACGAUGAUUACAAGUGUAUAGAGUGUUUUUUUUUAUGACAUCAAGAAUUCAGACUUAAUUGAUUGUUAUAUAUUUAGUGCUCACACAUAUGUUGCAUCUUACCAGCAGUAUCCUAUAUAGAAGCUUUGUAAUCAGAUUUUGACUUGCUAGAGUUUGUUUGUUUUGUCUUUCUGUCUUUCCUUAAUUUAUUAUCUUUAUUAUUAUUAUUAAUUAUCAAUUCAUUAUUGAUUAUUGAUUAAUUGUUAUCGAUGAGUGACAUGGUUUUAGUUCUUUGUUGCUGUGAUAUUAUGUAAGGUGUAUCAUAGGUUUCAUGGAUAAAUUCUUUUUCAUAUUUAAAGUAAAAGGGUGCUUUGAAUUAUAUUCCUUUGGUUAAACCAUUUUAUAUUGAUGCCUUUUUUUUUUAUUAUUAUUUACUUUUUAAAACAGUUUCCUUCAUGUUGAAAGAAGUACUGUAAUAUCAAAGAAGUUAUAGAAAUGAAAAUUUAAUUUUUUAUACAAAAACUUUAAAAGAUAUGAAGCUUUUUGAGAAAGUAUAUUUAUAUAUCAAAUGAAGUAUUUUAUAAAAUGUCCAAACUGUUAUGCACAUGUUUAAGAACACAUAUACACACCUCCAUAGCUUUCUUUAGCAGAUAGAAAAGGUUAUAUUUUUAUUCAUUUUUUUUUUUAAUGGUGCUUGUAUGAGAGAACAUUUAGAAUAGAACAAAAAAUAUAAAAAACAGUAAUUCUUGUAGUUUUUUUAGUGUAUUAAUUUUGAAUUUAUCUUUACUAAACACAAAAAAGAGUAGAUUAAUUUUGAAUUUCCUAAAAACUAAAGAAAUUAGGAUUUUUAACUUUAAAGAAAUCAAGUAAGAUAUUUCAGCAGAGAUUUCCAAAGAUCAUGACUAGUAUAAGGAAAUUUUGUUUUAAGAAGCGUGCUCUGCGUUUUCUUGUUCUUUGCAUGAUAUCACCCAGCUUUUAUUUGAACACUUAAUAACCUUGUGAAUUUCAUUACAAAAAAAGUAGUUCUGUCUGACUAUAAGACAUAUAAAUUCUGCUUGGCCUUAGAAAAUGUUUUAUUUGCAGCUUUUUUGUCUUUUUUCAGGCCUUUCAGUGUUUUUUUUCUUCAUGGGAGAGUAAAGUUGCUUCUAUGCAUGUUUAGAUGUGAACUCUGCAUGUGUGUAUAGGUUGAGUGUAUACAUCCAUGCAGGUAUAAGUUCACUUUUGAUAUGCAUGUGCUUGUAACUUGUAUGAUUCUAGGAGAAGGAGCAAUGGAAUGAAUAGAGAUCAGGUUUCAUUCUGAUUCAUUCAGUAUAUAAUCUUUAUUUUAGGUUACUUUUAUUAUUAUUAUUAUUAUUAUUUUUAUUAUUAUUAUUAUUAUUAUUAUUAUUAUUAUUAUUAUUAUCAUCCUCAUCAUCAUUGUUAUUAUCAUUAUUAUUAUUAUUAUUAUUAUUAUUAUUAGUCUCUCUCCCUCUCCCUCAUCCUUACCCUUACCCUUACCCUUACCUUUACCUUAUAUCAGAAUAAUCAUUGAUGAAUAUCCAGCCUCCCAUCUUUUUUCCUAUGCACCAAUAUUUAUCUUCAAUUGCACUUCUCAUUUUGCUUGCUUUCUCUAUCAAUGCUCUUUGUUAUGACAAGAAACAAAAUUCCAACAAAGUGAUUUCCAUCUUGCACAAGAAGUACAAGGGGCCAAUUGGAUAUGAUAUAAACUGUUGUACAUAAUAGUGGAAAGUUUAUUUUUAUUACAUACAGCCCAUUAAACUACGCAAUAAUAAUAAUGAUAGAAAAGAAAAUCUACCGGCUAUUAUCUUUUUAAACGAAGGCAGAACCUUUUGUACAUAUUUUUAUAGAGUACUUUUGUAAAGAGGAAAAAUCCAUCAUAAUGUUACCAUUAUUAACCAUGUAAUAAACUAUGGCUUAGUUCUU